GACUUUGUCUUGCUAUAGUAAUAACAUUGAUAGUAAGCCUAAAAUGGUUGUUACACCACAUUGUGGGAAAAAGAUGCGAAAAUUAUAUGUUGCGAUUUUUGUCUUAAAGAGAUUGAACGUGGAAAUAGGCCAACAACCCAUUUCAAUAAAGAGGGGUGACAAAAUAUUAUAAAAAAUUUCAAGGAAUGUACAGACAGAGAAUAUGACAAGUUGUAAAUGAAGAACAAGUGAGACUAAAUGAAGAAAGAAUGAAAAUUUUGGAAGGAAUUGAAAAGGGGUUCUACCGGCAUUGGUUGGGAUCUAGUGAAGCGAACAAUUGAUGCAUCUGAGAAAUGGUUGUUCCUGCUGCAAAGAAGUUUAAACUUUCAGGAAUUGAGCCUGAAUUUGAGGAGAAACUCGACCGCAUGUUUGGGGGAGUGGUUGCAACGGGAAACUAUGCAUAUAGUCCAAGUGAGACAGAGUUCGCUGGCAAUGCCGUGAAUUUGGGAACCCCUGGAGGUUCAGUUGAUUUCAUUGACGUCCCCAGCCCAGAUCAGAACGAAUAUGAAACUAUUUCGCGUUUCAAACGUCCUAGGGUUGUUGAUAAAAGAAAAUCUGAUGCUUUUUCCCUCAGAAACGAGCUAUCUGAGACGGUUUCUUGUUUCAAAGUAGAAUGUCAGGCUUCUCGUUCAAGCACUAUCACGAAUGCACUUGAAAUUCUAAGUGUUACUGCCAAAAUUUAUGCAGAUGAAGAGUUGUAUCUGUUCGCAGUAGAAUUGCUCGAGGACCCGGUCCGUAGGGAUUUCUUUGUGCAGAUGUUUGCCGCCCGCAGAGUGGCAUAUAUUCAGCGUUUUUAUAAUCGUUUAAACAACUGAUAUUUUUUAUAUUUUUCAUCACUAGAAUAUUUAC